AUGCAAAAAGAAGUCUAUGUGAACCGAGCGGCCAUUGAAGAGUUGAAACGGAAUAUCAACAAUUCCGACAUUGUGAAAGAAGACGACGUGAUUUGGCAACUCGAACGUCACUUAGAUCGUCAUGAAUUAGAAACUGUUCUUCAUGAUGAACAUAUUUCCUUUAAAGCAUUGGAAAUUGACCUGCUGAUCGAGAUUAAUAAUAGCUGA